UCUUUCUUUGGUUGCGAGCAACUCAGCUCUGUCUUGUCCUUGCUUUCGGCCGUCAGGGUGCUCAAGCUCCGUCACGGCGAGUGGGGCCGUGACUUCUGCAUGGGUGACCUCGCAGCUGUCGGCGCUGAGCUUCCUGCCCUGCGUGAGCUGACCAUGGUCUUCUGCGUCUUGCCUUUGGAUGCGCUAGCAGAGCUAGUGUGCUCCUUCACUGGCCUCGAAAGCUUCUCACUAGUUGAUAAUAACGGUGUCCAGUCCGUCAACACUUCCGUCGUCGGAUGUUUAAAAGCUCUGCACACUCUGGAGUUGGACUACACUGGCAGCGACCUGACAACUGACGAGGAGCCGGAUCUCCUCGUCGGUUGGCUCACCAGCACACUUCAACCCCAUCAGCUCCAGAUGCUCCAUAUCAGUCUUACUUACGAUCCGGGGCCCAUUCAACCCCUGUUCGACACUUUCGGUCCGCAUGGCCUGAAACACCUGAGACUCGAUCUAUACGAUCUCCAAGAGACUGCUAGGGACACUACGUUCACGCUCGAACCCUGCACCAACUUACGCACCGUGUUUAUCGAGCUCGGCGCUGGCAGUCAGUCGCCGGAAGCAUCGAUGGGCCUAAUGUGGCCCAGCGUGCUCAUAUCUCAACUCAGCUCACUAUCCCUUGAGACGAUCACUUUGUUGGUGUCUGCCCCGUCAUUCUGGCCUUGGGACGUAGAUAUUGUCUGGCGAUUCGAUGAUCUCCAGGCGUUGGAUUGGAGAAGCAUCAAUCGCACGCUAGGACGACUGUUUUUCAACAAUCUACGAGCUUUCAACAUACAUGGUCGAGGUCCCAGAGAGUCACUGGAGGCUUGUCUGCAGGAACGGUGUGGGACUGCGUACACACGAGGGUUGUUCCGAUUGUUAGAGGAAUAGUUCGAGUUGUUACUUCGUGCUGCUCUGAAAUCGGUUUGCUUGAGUACGUUUUCUCUAGCCCUCGACCUCGUUUGUAUGCUACGUCAAACCUUACGUUCUAUUUUGGCUCCUGAACUUGUUCUAUGGCCACCGGUCUGUCUCCAUCCAUCAGCCUCUUCUGUGAAUAUGUUGUCCGGGUCUUCAGCUGCCAGCGCCAUACAGUGGGGGAUCUCGGGAAACGUUC